AUGUCCACAUCAAAAGACUUCAGUGGGAAAGUAGUGUUGAUCACCGGCUCGAGCGGUGGUAUCGGAGCCGUAGCUGCCGUUGAGUUUUCCCGAUAUGGGGCUCAGGUUGUAAUCACCGGACGGAACUCCCAGAAGGUGUCAGAUGUGGCCAAUCAAUGCGCUAAAGUAUCGCCAAAAGGUCUCAAACCUCUGGAAGUGGUGGCGGAUAUCAGUGAACACAAUGACUGCAAACGACUCGUUGACACCGCAAUCGGUGCGCUCAAGAGGUUAGACGUAUUGGUGAAUAACGCGGGUCGGGGUAUGGUAUGCGCCAUCACUGACACCACCAUUUUGGACAAAUACCAAGAGGUGAUGGACACUAACGUGCAGUCAGUCGUCUAUUUGACUCAUCUAUGUGUUGAACACUUGGAGCAGACAAAGGGAAACAUAAUUAACAUAUCGAGUGUAUGUGGACUCAAACCCUUUGUUCCCAUGACCCUGUACUGUAUGUCCAAAUGUGCCCUGGACAUGUUUACCAAGUGUCUGGCGCUAGAGUUGGGACCCAAAGGCAUUCGCGUGAAUGCUAUCAACCCAGCGUCCGUGAGAACCAAUUUCCUGAAUGUGUUGGGAAUGAGUGACCGACAGAGGGACCAGAGAUACGAUGACAUGAUUGGCAAAUACCCGCUCAGACGAGUCGGUCAGCCCAUAGACAUCGCAAACGCCAUACUAUUCUUGGCUUCAGAUGAGGCCUCGUUUGUGACGGGAACCAACUUUUUGUCGGAUGGAGGGGUCAUCAAUGCAUAACCUUU